AUGUCAAUUGAUUGUGGACGUUCGGGAACAAUGGAACGACGACAACGACUUCAUGAUUUGGUGGAUUUGAGAGAGGAAUUGAGAGAUUUACAGGCCAACUUGGAGCACGAAGAGCUCAGAUUCGCCGACGCCGUCAAGAAACGAUCGUCAAUAAUGAAUCGGACGGAUCAAGAGGACUCAGAAGACGAGGAUCACUUUCUGGAGAGUCUUCGGAUAACUGAAGAAAGCAUUCACAGCCAUCGCCAAAAAAUCAUGGAAAUCCAGGGGAAAAUCAUUGACAAAAAAGAGAGCAUUUUGUCCCUGGAAAUUCUGGUGAAACUCGAUGAAAAUCGAUAA